CUCCGAGUCGUAUCACUAUCCAGUUCUCCCAAAUAUGCAGCAUUGUCUUACACCUGGGGCGGAGACCCUAGUCCCGCGUACAUUGUUGAAUGUGGAUCCGAUCGAAUCCAAGUGACCAAGAGCUGUAUCGACGCGUUACUCCAAAUCAGCGCAAGGGGCGACAAGAUGAGCAUUUGGGUCGACGCGAUUUCCAUCGACCAGAAGAAUGAAAAAGAGAAGAACCACCAAGUAGGCAUCAUGAACGAGAUUUACAGCCAUGCCAAAACGGUAUAUGUCUGGCUCGGGAGCAGCACGGAAGACUCCGACAAAGCAAUU